UCUUAUAACUCUGCAUCAAUAUCCGGCGCUUGUUUCACGUGUUGAAAGUUUGUUUACGUCUUUAAAAAAAUACUGUGUCGUCGAAGAAUGGAAUUCGAAGAAGUCAGAAAGAAGAAAAAAAAUAAAAGAAUACCAACUGAAAGAGAAAAUUAUAAUGAAAAUCAUGUAGAUGAAAUAGCCAGGAAUACAGAAAAAAGUUCAAAGAAAAAACAUAUGAUUGAGGGUCAAGAAGAUGAUGUUCAGAUAAGUAAUGACCAUGGGGACAGUUUAUCUAAAAAGUCAAAAAAGAAAAAGAAAAGAAAACAUUUUGAUUUAGAAAAUACUGAAAGCAGUGAUGAGCCAAUACACAAAAAGGUUAAGGAAAAUACAAGUCAUGACCAAAAGAAAGAAAGUAAAAUUGAGGAAGUACAAUCUAAUUAUUUAGAUUCAACAAAGUGUAAAAAGCAUAAGAAAAAGAAACAUAAAGAACGCUCAGAAGAAGACAAUCAUUUGACUUCAGGAAACUCUGAUGAUGAAAAAGUUGCAAAAAUAAAAAAGAAGAAAAAGGACAAAAAGAAUAAAACUAAAGAUAAAUCAAUUAUAUAUAAUCAUGACGAGACAGAAUUUUCUGAUGAAUUAACAAAUGAUAAGAAAUCAAAAAAAAAAGAAGAAAAAGAAAAUUGAAACAACAAAUAUGACGAAAAAAUGAGAGAAAAUAGUAGUAAUGGUCAAGACGAUGAGGAAGUUAGAAGGAAAUCAAAGAAAAAGAAGAAAAGGAAUAAUGAUAAUUCACAUUCUGAUUCAGAUACGAGUCAUAACAGUAUCAAAGCUGGUCUAAAAAAAAAAGACAAGAAAAAAUUAAAACAUAAUAAAGACCAUGAACUAUCGGAUCAUAUUAGACAAAAAGGAGAAAAUGGUAGUUGUAGAAAGAAUGAUACAUGUACCAAAGUAGAAACACUUCAGACAGGACAGUGGGGAACUGCAUUUACAGAAAAUAAAGACAAACAAAGCAAAUUUCUCCGACUGUUAGGAGGUUUUAAAAAGAGUGGUGAGGAUCAAGAUGCAAAAACACAAAAGUUUACAUCAAAAUUUGCUAAUCGUGCUAUGGACAAAACUACUGAGGAAAAUUAUCAGAAAAAAUUAGAACAUCAGUAUGAAAAGGCAAUGACAACAAACUUACAGAGAGGUAUAGGACUUGGGUUCCAACAGCCUCCAGAUGCUGGGAAAAAGUUUUAUAUUGACAAAGGCAGCUCAAAAUCAAUAAAAUUUGAUAAUUAGUA